CGCAGAAGGCGGAGACGUUAAUUGCAUUUGCUUGUGCACCUGGAACAACAGCAGAUGAUGGAAAUAAUGAAGAAGAAAAUGGUUUAUAUACAAAACAUCUUUUAAGACGUCUGCAAACACCAAAUAAAGAUAUUGAAAUACUUCUACGUCGUGUUGGAAAGGAUGUGACAACUGAAUCAAAUGGACAACAAAUUCCACAUGUGACUUCGGCUCUAACACACGAUCGUAUUUGUUUAUUUCAAGGAAAAAGAGAAACUGAUUCGAAAAAAUGGAAACAAAACGCACAAACUGUAGCAGGAGGAAAUGGAGAUGGAAAGCAAUUAAAUCAACUUUCAAAUCCUCAUGGAAUUUUUCUUGACAAGAAACAAAAUAUUUUCGUUGUGGAUUUUUCUAAUCAUCGAAUUAUGAAAUGGAACAAAAAUGAUAAACAAGGAGAAAUUCUUGCAGGUACGAAUGACAUCACAAGUUCGAGUAAAUGUUUAGAUAUAACAUGA